AUGCCGACCUUCACCAGCAUCGCCUUGGAAAAUCUGUUCGAACCCAGAGUUCGAGAUACGCAGAAGAAGCCUUUUCACGGGGAACGCGACGAGGCCGACCCGGUAAAAGCGGCCCCGAGGCACCUGUACAUAUCGCCCGGUCUUUACGCCACUCCGGAUCAGGCUCCCAUCCCCGACCAUCCGCUGCCCUACCCGCCGUCUCCUUCCCCUUACGUGGUCAACCUCAAGCGCCGCCGUGCAGGGAAUGUGGGGAGGGUCGAAGUCCCGGAAUCUCCCUCCGGAAACGAGGUCGAUGUGUUGAGCUCAGAGGAGGUCGGGGAUAAUUUUGCGGAUGAGGUGGUGGGUGGAUAUGACGAAGCCGGUGAAGAGGAACAGGGGUUUCAAGAUCCGAGGAGUGAGGCGAUGAGCGUGGGGACUGAGAUGGAGGUUAAUGAUUUCGGCGCCAAUCAUAUCGAGAGCCGCAGCUUUGUUUCUGCCCAAGGGGAAUUUUUCGACGCUAUUGAAGAUUUCUCCACAGAUGGCUCUGUUUCAAAUGUGCAUACAUGUUGUUCUAGAACUGAAUCAGAAUUGCAUGGUAUAAGGCUCAGUAUUCUUGAGGAAAUCGAGAAGAGAAAGAAUGCAGAGGAGAAUCUUGUGUUGAUGCAUACUCAGUGGGAGAGGAUCAGGAACCUUAUGUCUGAAGCUGGCCUAACAUUUCCCGCACCUCCAGUUGCUAAUGGUAGCAUCCUGCAAGAUAACUAUUUAAUGGAUCAGAUUUCUCAGGAAGUUGUUGUUAGCAGAUUUGUUGCCGAAGCAAUUGGAAGGGGUCAAGCACGUGCAGAAGCUGAGGAGGCUGCUUUGUCUGUCAUUGGAAUGAAAGAUCAGGAGAUAUCACGUUUGCGUGAUAGGCUUCAGUACUAUGAGACUGUUAAUCAUGAAAUGUCCCAGAGGAAGCUUGUCGAGGUUGCACGUAGACAGCAGGAAAGGAAAAAAAGACGGCGUAGGUGGCUAUGGGGCUUCAUGGGGUUAUCGAUGACGAUUGGUGCUUCAUUCGUUGCGUAUUCGUACUUCCCUCAGUCUGCAGAAAUUCUCUCGUUGUUAAAACCUGCCGACUCUACAGAUGCCCCAUCUGCCAGUGUCCCUGAGACCUCCUAA